UUACUAAAUCAUUUCUGCUCUCUCUGUUUGUCUUUUUGCCUUCAGAUCUAUUAUUUUAUUAACAAUUAAAAAAAUUGUUUUUUUUCUCAUUAAAGAAACACUUCUCUCUUUCGCUCAAUCACUCUCUUCACCAUUUGUCAAUUUUCGGAAUUUUGAAUCUCUCCACAACUUGGUGCGAUUUGUCACUUGCUGGAGACUGAGGAAUUGACAUUACUCAAAAUUGAGUUCCCGUCGGCUCUAUUUCGGUUUGGUUUGGAUCAGUGUUGUGUGAUUUAGUUGUAUAGGUGGAAUUGUUGAUCCAUAAUAAGGAAUUGAAAUUCAGGUUUAUUAUUGUGAUUUUUUUAUAUAUACUGGUUAUGGUGGAUUUAUAGUGAACUUUGGAUUUUGUUCUAAUUGUUUUGAAUCUGUUGAUUGUGAUGGUUGGGGAAAGAUCGGUGCUGGGAGGAGUGUAGAGUAGGUGGUUUCAAUGCUUGUUGGGCUUAUCCAGAUUCGCGGUGACAUAUAUAGAAGUUUGUAUGUAAUGAUAGGUUAUGUUUUUCACAGUUCUUGGAGACUUAAGCUAAAGGGGUUGAUUGUUUAGUGGCUUUCCUAUCUUUAAAGUUUAAAGUUUUGGACAUGAGAAGCCCCUUGCUUAAUAAACUAUCUGUUAUUUUCGGUCCUAGACCGCCUGUCAGUUGGUUGUUAUUAUGCUUUGUCAGUGUGCUUGCGCUGAUUGCAGUCUUUGGAUCAUCGUCUUCCAAUUCAUUUGACUCUGUAACUUCCACUCCCGUACCUGAGAUCUUUACAAACUAUAGAAGGCUAAAGGAGCAAGCAGCAGUUGAUUAUUUUGAGUUGAGAACUAUCUUGUCAGGAUCUAGUCGGCAAAGGGAACUUGGCCUUUGUGGCAAAGAAAGAGAAAAUUAUGUACCUUGUUACAAUGUAACUGCAAAUUUGAUAUCAGGGUUUAAAGAUGGAGAGGAGUUUGAUCGACGUUGUGAAGUGCCAAGGCAUGGAAGCUGGUGUUUAGUUCGCCCUCCAAAAGAUUAUAAGAUUCCACUCCGCUGGCCUGCUGGUAGGGAUGUGAUAUGGAGUGGAAAUAUCAAGAUAACAAAAGACCAAUUCCUUUCGUCUGGAGGCGUGACAAAAAGAAUCAUGUUGCUAGAAGAGAAUCAAAUUGCUUUCCACCCUGAAGAUGGCUUAAUCUUUGAUGGUGUCAAAGAUUAUUCUCGUCAGAUUGCAGAGAUGUUGGGACUGGGAAGCGACUCUGAAUUGUUUCAAGCCGGAGUACGCACUGUACUUGAUAUUGGUUGUGGAUUUGGAAGUUUUGGAGCUCAUUUAGUUUCACUGAAGUUAAUGACUCUUUGUAUUGCCGCAUAUGAGGCGACGGGAAGCCAAGUUCAGCUAGCUCUUGAGAGAGGUCUUCCAGCAAUGAUUGGAAACUUCAUAUCAAGGCAACUGCCAUAUCCAUCAUUAUCAUUUGACAUGGUUCAUUGUGCUCAGUGCGGUAUUGUUUGGGACAAGAAAGAGGGGAUUUUCCUUAUAGAGAUAGAUCGGUUACUCAAGCCUGGAGGUUAUUUUGUUUUAACCUCACCAACAAGUAAGCCACAAGGAAGUUCAACAAGUAUGAAGAAAAGAAACAUGCUAACACCACUGGAACAAUAUACUGAAAAAAUUUGUUGGAGUCUUAUUGCUCAGCAGGAUGAUACUUUCAUCUGGCAGAAAACAGCCGAUGCUCAUUGCUAUUCUUCUAACAAGAAGAACGAUGUACCUCUUUGCAAAGAAGGAUAUGAUGCACCCUAUUAUCAGGCCUUGGUACCAUGUAUUACUGGAACUUCCAGCAAACGCUGGAUUCCUAUUCAGAACAGGUCCUCUAGCUCAGAUUUGAGCUCAGCGGAGCUUGAAGUUCAUGGAGUUAGUCCAGAGGAUUUCUUUGAAGACUUGCAAGUUUGGAAAUUAGCUUUAAAAAACUAUUGGUCUUUGCUUACACCAUUAAUUUUCUCUGACCAUCCCAAGAGGCCAGGAGAUGAAGAUCCUUUGCCACCAUUUAAUAUGGUACGCAAUGUGAUGGACAUGAAUGCUCAUUAUGGGGGUUUGAAUGCUGCAUUUCUGGAGGAAAGGAAAUCGGUGUGGGUGAUGAAUGUUGUGCCUGUUAGGGCACACAAUACGCUUCCUCUCAUUCUUGACCGGGGUUUUCUUGGUGCUUUGCACGACUGGUGUGAACCCUUCCCAACAUAUCCUCGAACGUAUGAUUUGCUUCAUGCAAAUGGGCUCCUCUCACAUCUCACUUCAGAGAGGUGUGGCUUGAUGGAGUUAUUUAUAGAGAUGGAUCGAAUUCUUCGUCCGGAGGGCUGGGUUGUGCUCUCUGAUAAAUUAGGAGUUAUAGAGUUGGCACGUGCACAUGCUACACAAAUACGAUGGGAUGCAAGGGUGAUCGACCUUCAGAAUGGUAGUGACGAGCGCCUACUUGUUUGUCAGAAACCUUUUCUGAAGAAAUGAUUGCUUUAGCGCCAAAAGGUCUCAAGACCACAGAUCUGUAAACUUUUCUUGAUCUGAGGAUGAACUAUCGGUGGCAUCACAAUGUUAGAUAUGCUCCAGAGUUUCGACAGGUUCGAUAUUAAUGACUUGAGAAGGAGCAUGGUGGAGGAUUGUAGAAUAGAUUAGAAACGAGGUUUGCUGCUAAAGUAGCUGCCUUUCGUUUUCUUCGUCAAGGUAUUUGUAGCAAUUCAUUCAUCCACAUUUUUUCCCACUUGGUCUUACUUUUGAGUUUGUUGAUUUCUUUAUUAUUUGAUAUUGAACUCCUUGUAUUGAACCAUCAAAAUUCAUUGCUGUGCAAUGGCCAUGAAAUGUGAUAAUUACAAAUAGAUCAAACAAUCUUUCUUUCUAA